CCGGCGCGGGCCGAGAGAUGGCGGCGCCCGAUCCCGGGCGCUGGGGCGAGUGUGGACCGCGGCAGCCCGGCCGCCUGGGCGCUCGGGGCGGACAGGUCAGUGCCAGGACGCGGAACGCAUGACCGGCGCAACCCGGGCGACGACCACGAGCGGAAGGCCGAGGGGCGGAGCCUGAGGGGUCAGAGGGCGGGCCGGAGCCAGGGGCGGUGCUGGGUGCCGUGGGCAUGAUGGACCUGGCCUACGUGUGUGAGUGGGAGCGGUGGACCAAGAGCACCUACUGCCCCUCGCUGCCCCUGGCCUGCGCCUGGUCCUGCAGGAACCUCAUCGCCUUCACCACAGACCUCCGAAACGAUGACCAGGACCUGACGCGCAUGAUCCAUAUUCUAGACACCGAACACCCCUGGGAAGUGCACUCCAUCAGCUCUGGCCACAGCGAGGCCAUCACCUGCCUGGAAUGGGACCAGUCAGGCUCCCGGCUCCUGUCAGCUGACGCGGAUGGGCAGAUCAAAUGCUGGAGCAUGGCUGACCACCUGGCCAACAGCUGGGAGAGCUCAGUGGGCAGCCAGGUGGAGGGGGACCCCAUCGUGGCGCUGUCCUGGCUGCACAAUGGUGUGAAACUCGCCCUGCACGUGGAGAAGUCCGGUGCCUCCAGCUUCGGGGAGAAGUUCUCGCGUGUGAAAUUCUCUCCUUCACUCACGCUGUUUGGUGGCAAGCCCAUGGAGGGUUGGAUUGCAGUGACAGUUAGUGGCCUGGUGACUGUGUCCCUGCUGAAGCCGAGCGGACAAGUACUGACGUCCACUGAGAGCCUGUGUCGGCUGCGGGGCCGAGUGGCGCUCGCCGACAUCGCCUUCACGGGCGGUGGGAACAUUGUGGUGGCCGCUGCAGACGGCAGCAGCGCGUCACCUGUGAAGUUCUACAAGGUGUGCGUGAGCGUGGUAAGCGAGAAGUGCCGCAUAGACACUGAAAUCCUGCCCUCCUUGUUCAUGCGCUGCACCACGGACCCCAACCGCAAGGACAGGUUCCCCGCCAUCACACACCUCAAGUUCCUGGCCCGAGACAUGUCGGAGCAGGUGCUCCUGUGUGCCUCCAGCCAGACCAGCAGCCUGGUGGAGUGCUGGUCUCUGCGGAAGGAGGGCCUGCCUGUGAACAACAUCUUCCAACAGAUCUCGCCUGUGGUCGGUGACAAACAGCCCAUGAUCCUCAAGUGGCGAAUCCUGUCAGCCACCAACGACCUGGACCGAGUAUCAGCAGUGGCACUGCCCAAACUGCCCAUCUCACUCACCAACACGGACCUCAAGGUGGCCAGUGACACCCAGUUCUAUCCUGGCCUCGGCCUGGCGCUGGCCUUCCAAGAUGGCAGCGUGCACAUGGUGCAUCGCCUGUCACUGCAGACUAUGGCGGUUUUCUACAGUUCAACCCCACGCUCCCUGGAUGAGCCCGCCCUGAAGCGUCCGCGCACCACAGGCCCGGCUGUGCACUUCAAAGCUAUGCAGCUUUCCUGGACAUCGCUAGCCCUGGUGGGCAUCGACAACCACGGGAAGCUCAGCAUGCUGCGCAUCUCUCCUUCCCUGGGCCACCCUCUGGAGCCCAAGCUGGCUCUGCAGCACCUGCUGUUCCUGCUGGAGUACUGCAUGGUGACGGGCUAUGACUGGUGGGACAUCCUGCUGCAUGUGCAGCCCAGCAUGGUGCAGAGCCUGGUGGAGCGGCUGCAUGAGGAAUACACUCGACAGAAGCCCGCCCUGCAGCAGGUCCUCUCCACCCGGAUCCUGGCCAUGAAGGCCUCACUGUGCAAACUGUCACCCUGCACGGUGGCGCGUGUAUGUGACUACCACACCAAGCUGUUCCUCAUGGCCAUCACAUCCACCCUCAAGUCACUCCUGCGCCCGCACUUCCUCAACACCCCUGACAAGAGCCCUGGGGACCGCCUGGCCGAGAUCUGCGCCAAGAUCACCGAUGUUGACAUCGACAAGGUCAUGAUCAACCUGAAGACGGAAGAGUUUGUUCUGGACAUGAACACUCUGCAGGCACUGCAGCAGCUGCUGCAGUGGGUGGGUGACUUCGUGCUCUACCUCCUGGUCAGCCUGCCCAACCAGGGCUCCCCGCUGAGGCCAGGACACAGCUUCCUACGAGACGGCACCUCUCUGGGCAUGCUGCGAGAGUUGAUGGUUGUCAUCCGCAUCUGGGGCCUCCUGAAGCCCAGCUGUCUGCCCGUCUACACAGCUACCUCAGAUACCCAGGACAGCAUGUCCCUGCUCUUCCGGCUGCUCACCAAGCUGUGGAUCUGCUGCCGUGAUGAGGGCCCAGCCAGUGAACCCGAUGAGGGCUUGGUGGAUGAGUGCUGCCUGCUGCCCAGCCAGCUGCUGGUGCCCAGCCUGGACUGGCUGCCUGCCAGCGACGGCCUGGUCAGCCGCCUGCAGCCCAAACAGCCCCUGCGCCUGCGCUUUGGCAGGGCUCCAACUCUGCCGAGCAACACCUCCACCCUGCAGCUGGAUGGCCUGGCCAGGGCCCCCGGCCAGCCCAAGAUCGACCACCUCCGGAGGCUGCACCUGGGUGCCUACCCAACUGAGGAGUGUAAAGCCUGCACCAGGUGUGGCUGUGUCACCAUGCUGAAGUCACCCAACAAGGCAACGGCUGUGAAGCAGUGGGAACAGCGUUGGAUCAAGAACUGCCUGUGUGGGGGCCUGUGGCGGAGAGUGCCCUCAGCUGUGCCUGAGUCCCCGCGGAGAGCGCCCCUCAGCUGUGCCUGAGUCCCCACGGAGAGCGCCCCUCAGCUGUGCCUGAGUCCCCGCGGAGAGCGCCCCUCAGCUGUGCCUGAGUCCCCACGGAGAGCGCCCCUCAGCUGUGCCUGAGUCCCCGCGGAGAGCGCCCCUCAGCUGUGCCUGAGUCCCCGCGGAGAGCGCCCCUCAGCUGUGCCUGAGUCCCCGCGGAGAGCACCCCUCAGCUGUGCCUGAGUCCCUGCAGAGAGUGCCAUCAGCUGUGCCUGAGUCCCAGCCAUGCUCAGCAGACGCAUGGGCCUGCCUUCUGUGAUGGGACACUGACACUGCUGUCCUCAUCAGAGGGGCUGGCUUUUGCCAGCAGCCCCGGUCUGGCCCUCCUGGGGGUACAAGGCCAUCUCCAGGGCCCUAAGCUUGAAGGAGCUUGGCUGUGGGCCCAUUCUUCAAAAGGCCAUGGUGCAUGUGCUCCUGUCCAGGUUGGGACUGUCUCCCUCAUUUCCGUUGGGGCUUAUGGGAGUGGAAGGCAGGCCCAAUAAAGUUCUCUAGUACUCCA